UUGAUAUACACUCUUAUGAAGGUUUUACAUGAAAAAACAAUGUGGUUACUACAUUUACCCAUAUUAUCAAGUUCCCACCCAUGUCCCAAUGCAAUCACUGUCCAUCAGUGCAGCAAGAUGCCACAGAUCCACUAUGUGUCUUCUCUGUGCUACACUUUUCUCCCUGUGAUCCCCCACACCAUGUGUACUAAAUAUAAUACCCCUCAGUCCCCUUCUCCCUCCCUUCCCACCCGUCCUCCCACACCCCUCCCUUUUGAUAACGACUAGUUCCUUCUUGGACUCUCUGAGUCUGCUGCCAUUUUGUUCCUUCAGUUUUGCUUCAUUGUUAUACUCCACAAAUGAGGGAAAUCAUUUGGCAUUUGUCUUUCUCCGCAAGGCAGAGUCAUACUAUAAUAAAAGAACAGUGGAAAUGGUGAAAGAACAAGGGACAGGUGGUGAAAUCAAGGAGAAAUUGGAGAGGAAAACAAUUCAAAGCAUAGAGAGACAAAAACAGUAUUAUUGGGUACCUGAGAGAGAGAUGAAACACACAGAAAGGCACAUACAUCGAGCAGGACAGGUCACAGAUCUUAAGAAUAAAACAUUAAUACCAUUACUACAUCCCCCCAGUCGAACAAUGUUCCCAAAAAUUGUUUCAGAAGAGCAUAACAUCCAGAACAUACAGAGAAGAAAGUUGGUAAAUGAGUGGGAGCAGGUACAAAUUAAAGAUCACCAGGAACGCAUGCUUUGAGGAAGAGAACUUAAAGAGCAGCUCAAGGAAAGAAUCUGGAGAAAUAGCCAGAGCCAGCCACCCACACAUGAGAAGCAUGGGAGAAUAAAGAAAGAGAUGGAAGAGUUUGAAAACGUUACUGCAUAUCCACUUUUCCAGCCAUGCAGUAGAAGUCAGAUUAAAGUGAAUGUUCUUAUGGAAAAGUGUCAAAAUAGAGAAGAAGAAAAUACAAUUAUAAAACCACAUCAAAGAAAAUUCUUAACUAUGCCAUGCUUUUUGAGAAGUCAAAUAGGAAAAAUAAAAGAUUAGUAAAGUUUCAAUGUU